AUGGCUAUGCUUAGGUUGAGGUCACUUUCCUAUGUCUGUUGUCUCCUCCUGAUAUCAAUUUUUAUAUCUCGAGUCAGUGCCGAUAACAAUACAGAAAACUUCCACUACUUCUGCAAUGAAAAAAACGACAGAGGAAACUACACAGCCAACAGCACCUAUAACACCAACCUCAACACCCUUUUGUCCACUCUCACUUCCGACACACAAAUCAACUACGGUUUCUACAAUCUUACAAACGAGGAAAACACUGACAGAGUGUACGCAAUUGGGCUGUGCAGAGGAGACGUUAAGCCAGACGAAUGCCGCACCUGCCUGGAACAUUCGAGAGGCAAUCUCAGUCAGCUUUGUCCAAACCGAAAGGAAGCAAUUGGGUGGUACGAGGAUGAGAACUGCAUGUUGCGCUACUCAGACCGCAAAAUAUUUAGCCUCAUGGAAACUGGACCAGCGUAUUUUGCGUGGAGUUCAAAGAAUGCAACGCAAGCGGAGGAGUUCAAUAGAGUGGUGAAGGACUUGCUUGAUGGGUUGAGAAGCAAAGCUGCAUCGGGAGACAUUCGUAGUAAAUAUGCUACAGCAAAUGCAAUUGGACCAGAUAACAAAACCAUUUACGGGCUUGUGCAGUGCACGCCUGAUUUGUCUGGACCAGACUGCGAUAACUGCUUGUAUCAGUCCAUCCUAGAAGUCCCAAAAUGUUGUGCUAGUAGAAUAGGUGUUAUAAUUGUUAGACCCAGUUGCAACCUGAGAUAUGAAACUUCAUUUCUCUUCUAUGAUGCUCCAGCAGAUACACCAUCACCAACACCCUCACCCUCACCAUUUUCGCCACCUUCUAGGGUCACUAGUAACACUUCCACAGAAGUCACACUAAAGGACCUUAAAUCAAAAUUCAUAUUUGACGCGGUUGAUGAUAUGAAGUGUACAAAAUUUUGGUUGUUAGGAAUUAGAAGUUUUCGUUGCUUAAACUUCAUGGAAAGUGUUGCAUUUGACCAAAUACAAGGCAAACUAAAUUUGAAAAUGCCAAUGAUACGUGAACAAGCUGGCAACACUACAAGUUUGAUUCAGACAAUCACUUGCUCGCCCAAUAAAGAAGCCUUCUAUCAUCCAUUUUUUGUUACUUCUCAUUCCCACAACACAAUCAACAAAUCCAACAUGCCUCACUUUUCCUUUCUCUGUUGUCUGCUUCUCAUAACAAUUUUUAUAUCUCAAGUUAGUGCAGCAAACAACGUCACCGCACAAGGCUUCCACUACUUCUGCGAUGAAGAAAACAACAACCAGAGAGGAAACUACACAACCAAUAGCGCCUAUCACACCAAUCUCGAUACCCUUUUGUCCACUCUCAUUUCCAAUACAGAAAUUGAUUACGGUUUCUACAAUUUCACAAACGGCGAAAACAAUGACACAGUGUACGCCAUUGGGCUGUGUAAAGGAGACGUUAAGGCACAGGAAUGCCGCUCAUGCCUCAACGAUUCGAGGGCCAAUCUCACGGAACUUUGUCCAAACAAAAAGGAAGCAAUUGGGUGGUACACGGAUGAGAAGUGCAUGUUGCGCUACUCAGACCGCAAAAUAUUCGACCUCAUGGAAACUGGACCGGCGUAUUUUGUGUGGAAUUUAACGAAUGCAACGAAAGCGGAUGAGUUCAACGGAGUGGUGAAGAACUUGCUUAAUGGGUUGAAAAGCAAAGCUGCUGCAGGAGACUCUCGUAUUAAAUAUGCCACAGCAAAUGCAACUGGACCAGAUGACAAAACCAUUUAUGGGCUUGCGCAGUGCACGCCUGAUUUGUCUGACGUAGAGUGCGAUAACUGCUUGCUUCAGUCCAUCGAAGAAGUCCCAAGAUGUUGUGAUAACAGCGCAGGUGCUAGAAUUGUUAGACCCAGUUGCUAUCUGAGAUAUGAAACUUCAUUUCUCUUCUAUGGUGCUCCAGCAUUUGAAUCGUCGGCUCCCCCUCCACCGAUCACCCCCGAAGGAAAAAGCAACACAACCACCAUCAUAGCAAUAGCAGUAUCAGCUGGUGUAGUUGCUUCUGCCAUGCUGAUUUUUAUCUUCAUGCGUUCAACAGUGAGGAAGUCAUGGAAAAAGUUUGAAAGUAAGUGGAAGAACUGGUUUACCGGUACUCUUCCCAGUGGACAAGAGAUUGCCGUCAAAAGGUUGUCAGCGAAUUCUAGACAAGGUGAUACAGAAUUCAAGAAUGAGGUGCUUUUAGUGGCCAAACUUCAGCACCGAAAUUUAGUUAGACUACUCGGUUUCUCUAUGGAAGGAAGAGAAAAGCUACUUGUCUAUGAAUUUGUUCCAAAUAAAAGCCUUGAUUACUUCAUAUUUGACGAAGAGAUGAAUCCUAAGAUAGCAGAUUUUGGCUUGGCAAGGUUAUUUGUUGUGGACCAAACUCACGAAGAUACACAGAGAGUUGUUGGUACAUAUGGAUAUAUGGCACCCGAGUAUGCAUUGCAUGGACAGUUUUCAGAGAAGUCAGAUGUUUUUAGCUUUGGUGUAUUGGUUCUUGAGAUUGUAAGUGGCCAGAAAAUCAGUAGCGUUCAACACGGUGAGAAUACAGGCGAUCUACGCAGUCUUGCAUGGCGGAGUUGGAGGGAAGGGAGAGCUAGAGAUAUUGUAGAUCCGACAUUGAACAAUGGUUCAGAAAGUGAAAUAAUGAGAUGCAUCCAUAUUGGAUUAUUAUGCGUUCAAGACAAUGUAGGUGCCAGACCCAGCAUGGCUUCUGUUGUACUCAUGCUUAGUAGCCAUUCUUUCAGUCUGGCAGUACCUAUGGCACCUGCAUUUUAUGGGGAUAUGUCUAGACUCUUUGCAGAUAUGCAGUUAUGGGAGAUUAGUUCAGGGACAACAAGAUCGAACGAACACACCACUAGAUCAGAUGAAGAUUCGCUAAAUGAGGCUUCAAUUACUGAUCCAUAUCCUCGCUAG